AUGGUGGCAGUGCAUAUUGGAGAAUGUGUGCCGAAGACCCCCGAGCUUCAGAAAAUAGAGGAACCUGAGUCCCCAGUGAAGGUACUUGGUGCUGAUCCAGCUGGUUUAAAGGGUUUAAAUGGUAAAACUGGUUUUGGAGAGCAUCUCCCAGACAAGACUCUACACCCACGAGGCCAGCGGAGCAGGAGCCGUCCUCCUUUUAAAACCGGGAAACUAAGGAAGAUGUUUGGCUGGGGCGACUUCCACUGCAACGUGAGAACGUCCUCCAUGGACCUGCUGAUCAGGGGGAAGAUCGUGGAUCACGGCAAUGGAACCUUCAGCGUUAACUUCCUGUGCAACACCAGCGGACUGGGGAACGUUUCUGUGGAACUGGCCCCGCCCACUAAACUCGUAGAGUUCGGUUUGGCGCAGGAGGUCAGUGAGGAAUCGGUAGAGUCCAAGCUGUUCAACUGCAGGAUCGAGUCGGAGAAGGUGGAGCAAAGCAGUCGGGGGGCGUGGUGCAGGAACAACCCCUCCAAAAGCUGCGAGAGCCAGCAGACCCACAGCCACAUCUCCUGGCUCUGUGCCAAACCAUUUAAAGUCAUCUGCGUCUACGUCUCUUUCCACAGCAUGGACUACAAACUGCUGCAGAAAAUCUGCCCGGACUACAACUAUCACAGCGACGCUCCGUACUUUCCUUCCGGAUGAUUCCGCAGUCGUAGCACAGGUUUCCCUGAGGAACUUUUCAAUGGAAGUUUUUGUAACUGGCCUUUUUUUCCUUUGCUAUACUGAGAUAAUUUCAAGGUUCUACACCAAUGACUCUUUCCUGGUAUCAUCAGAAAGCAGUGUGAACAUCAGAGCCGAGAAGAAUUUAGGAGCAAUAUACAGGGGUUGGACAUUAAAACUGAAACAGCUGUCAUUUUAGUGUGUUAGGUUUUUCAUGGCUAAAUUGGAGCAGAUUAGUGCCCAAUCUUCAUUAAUUGCACAUUGCACCAGUAAGAGCAGAGUGUGAAGGUUCAAUUCGGGUAAGAGCACAGAUUUGAUCAAAAUAUUGCAAUGCACACAACAUUAUGGGUGACAUACCAGAGUUCAAAAGAGGACAAAUUGUUGGUGCACGUCUUGCUGGCGCAUCUGUGACCAAGACAGCAAGUUAUUGUGAUGUGUCAAGAGCCACGGUAUCCAGGGUAAUGUCAGCAUACCACCAAGAAGGACCAACCACAUCCAACAGGACUAACUGUGGACGCUGUAAGAGGAAGCUGUCUGAAAGGGAUGUUCGGGUGCUAACCCGGAUUGUAUCCAAAAAACAUAAAACCACAGCUGAUCAAAUCACGCAGGAUUCAAUGUGCACCUCAACUCUCCUGUUUCCACCAGAACUAUCCGUCAGGACAAUAAAUUAUUAUGCUCUAAAUCCAGGUGUUUCAGUUUCAUUGUCCAACCCCUGUAUAUUUUACUUUUUAGAUUUGCAGAGACAAGAUUGCAAUUGUUAAGACAAGACUUGGACUUCCUGCAACAAAACUGAACCCAUUUGGAACAAAACUGAGCAAUGAGAGUUGUUGGAAAAGGAUUUGCUGAAGAAACAUUAUAACUUGUUCAAAUAAGAUUGAAACUGGGUGAUAUAAUAUAGAUUGAAAGCAGGAAUAGGAUUGAGACUUAUUGAAACAAGACUUAUCCUAAAACAUUUUGGACAAAGAUUAAGACUUGUUAAGACAAUAACUUUUGAGAAAGGUUUGAGACAAGAUUUGGAAUGUUGGGACAGGGUUGAGAGUUGUUGGGACAAGACUUGGAAUGGGACAACUCUGAAACCUUUUGAAAAACGAUUGAGACUUGUUGGGUAAAGACUGACAUUUGUUGGGAUGGGAUUGAGACUUUUUUGGGACAAGUCUUGGAAUUCCAGGGGACAAGGGAAGACCUGGAAUUCCUAGGACAACUCUAAACCUUUUGAAAAAAGACUGAGACUUGUUGGAACAAGAUUGAGACUGGUUGGGAAAAACAUUAAGACUUGUUGGGACAAGAUGGGGCAAGACUCUGGGGAUAACUCUGGAAUCUUUUGGAAUACAACUAAAACUUGUUGGGACAUGAUUGAGACUUGUUGGGACAAGACAUAGAAUUCCUGGGGAAACUCUAAAACAUUUUGGAAUAAAAUUGAGACUUGUUUGAACAAGAUUGAGACUGGGAAAAGACUUGGAAUUCCUGGAAUAAGACUUGGAAUUCCUGGAACAAGACUUGGAAUUCCUGGAACAAGACUUGGAAUUCCUGGAACAAGACUUGGAAUUCCUGGAACAAGACUUGGAAUUCCUGAAACAAUACUUGGAAUUCCUGGAAUAAGACUUGGAAUUCCUGGAAUAAGACUUGGAAUUCCUGGAACAAGACUAAGAAUUCCUGAAACAAUACUUGGAAUUCCUGGAAUAAGACUUGGAAUUCCUGGGACAACCCUGAAACAUUUUGGAAUACAACUGAAAGUUGUUGGGACAUGAUUGAG